UAUAGGAUAUGAAGAGUUAAAGGAAUAGUGAGGUAGGUAAAGUAUUAUUAUUAUUGUUGUAGUUGUUGAUGUUAUUAUAAAGCAGGGCAGGGAUAAGGUGUGCGUGUGUAGGUAUGUAUGUGUCGGGAUAGAGGUGGGAGAAUGGGUGAUUUAGUCUGUAAACCUAUUUUCUGAUCCACACUCCGGAGCAGAAGGUGGCGGUAAUGCACCAAUACGCUGGAUGCCAACCGCCGUAAAAAUAUAAGAAGAAGAAGAAGAAGAACGCUUUCAGAAAAGAAACAUGGCGGCGGUGGAGUCUAGCAUUUCUGUUGAAGUUUGACUGAACGUCUCUCCGCUGUUUCUUUAACUGAACUGUGUCAGAUAUCUUCUCGCCGGCGUCAAGAAGUAGUUUCACUGCAAGAUGUUCGUGGCGAAGAGCAUUGCAGCGGAUCACAAAGACCUGAUUCACGAUGUUUCUUAUGACUUUCACGGUCGGAGGAUGGCGACCUGCUCCAGUGAUCAGAGCGUCAAGGUCUGGGACAAAGGGGACGAUGGAGAGUGGCGUUGUACUGCUAGCUGGAAGACUCACAGUGGAUCCGUGUGGAGGGUGACAUGGGCGCAUCCUGAGUUUGGUCAGGUGUUGGCGUCUUGUUCCUUUGACCGCACUGCGGCUGUAUGGGAGGAGAUCGUAGGUGAAUCCAAUGACAAACAACGGGGUCAAAGUCACUGGUUUGUUCUGCCCUUUAGUUCUCGAGCUCAUCCUCCAAUGAUAGCCGUGGGCAGUGACGACAGCAACGUCACAUACAGUGGCAAAGUGCAGAUCUAUGAGUAUAAUGAAAAUACAAGGAAGUAUGCCAAAGCAGAGACGCUGAUGACUGUGACUGACCCAGUACACGACAUCACCUUUGCUCCUAAUCUGGGGAGAUCCUUCCAUGUGCUGGCGAUAGCCACCAAAGACGUCCGCAUUUUCAAACUCGUACCUUUGAGGAGAGAGAGCGCCAACAGCUCUGGUCCCACUAAGUUUGAGGUGCAGGUGAUGGCUCAGUUUGACAGUCAUAACUCUCAGGUGUGGCGCGUGAGCUGGAACAUCACCAGCACUCUGCUGGCCUCCUCUGGAGACGAUGGCUGUGUGCGGCUCUGGAAAGCUAAUUACAUGGACAACUGGAAGUGCACCGGGAUCCUUAGAGGAGACGGCAGCCCAGUGAACGGCUCUGGACACGCUGCGGCUCUGAGCGCGGUGGGCGUCCCUGGAGCCGCUCAGAUGCUUGUUGGGGCCACUUCUGCUGGCAGAAAAAAAGCUCAGCUGAUGCCAGGCUAACAGCAUAACGAGCUGAUUGGCUGUUUGCUGCAUGCACAGGAUUGGACCGAGACCUCAUUGACCCUCCCCUGCACAGUGUGACACCUGAACACUCGUCUAGCUACUAAUCCGACAGAAGCGUGUGCUGACUGCACGAUCGGUUGUGUGGCUGUUAGAGGAACUGUGCCUCUGUGUGUGUGUGUGUGUGUGUGUGUUGUGUUCAGUAGUACUUACCUGACAAUGAGCAUUUUUUUUGUAUUAUUGAACAAAUGACACUAAACUUGAUUCCCAUCAAUACUGACAUACUUAUUAAUUGUUGUGAUAUGAUGCAGUAUUACUCAUUUGAAUACAUUUAGGUAAUUUUUCACGAGUUUCAAACAUUAUUGCCUGCACUUGUCAGCAUUUGUAGAUGCAUUUAAAGGAACAGUGCACCAAAAAUCUAAAUUAUAUCGUUUACUCGCCUUCAAGAGUUCCAGAGUUUGUUUUUCUGUGAAGCACAAAAGGAGAUGUUUUAAACCCCCUCAUUUAUCAAAAACCUAUUUGCAUUUGGAGCAACUUGAAGGUGGGUAAAUUUGGCAACUUUGGUUUCUGGGUGAACUAUUCUUUUAACUUUGAUUCCCAGAGAACACCACAUAUUUGUGCUGUUAUUUUGAAGCUGCUGGCAUGUGUUGUGUUGUGUGGACAGUAGAGGGAGACAGUAUCAUUCAGCCCAGUUUUGCCCAAAUUGCUCUGUCUCCAAAUGCCCCCUUGGAAUAACUAACACAUUACAUUGAAUUCAUUAGACUAACUGAAUUACCAGAUUUCAGUAACUCUUCUAUGAUGUAGGCACAGAUUGUUUUAAGCUUUUUGCUUGGCUAAAUCCUAGUAGUCAAUAAUGAAACAUUUGACAUGCCAAACUAUAUCUUUCUGGGUUAAUGAACUAUCACCAAAAGUUUGUCAAAAUUCAGGAUUUUGGUGCAUGAAUAAUGAACCAUAAAUCAAAGGCUGGAACCCGAUCAUCGAUGCCAUAUAUAUUGGGGAUCUUGAGAUGCUUGUUCUCCUUCAUGACAGGAGCUCAGCACAUUCUUUAUAGUGGUGCCACUUGAAAUGGGAAUUCAAAAGGAGAAAAUCUAAGCAGAUUUAGAAAUGAAUGCAACUUUUAUGAGUGUAUUUUUUCUAAAAUAAAGUUUGUUUUUCAGUUCUGAGUUAUGUAAUAAAAACCUCGCUGAGGUUUGUCUGAAUUGUGUUUGUUCUCAUUCAAGGAGACCUUGCAAGAGAAAUGUGUUGGUCUGAAAAGACAUU